UUCGUGCCGCGGGAGAGGAAGCACAGAAAGAUAGCAAGACAAAAGGAAGCAAACCGAAAAAAUGGCCUGUCCCUGCACGAAGAGGCAGAUCAGGCCAAUGCCACCGAGAUCGUGCCUGCGACUACGAGUGAGAAAGAUGAAAGGCGACGGAAGCUGAAAGAGGAAUUGGUGGCACUUCAGCCCGAGUCGAAGGCUUCAUCCAAGAAGCGGAAGCGGCUGGACAAAUACGUUGAGACGAAGCUCAAAAAGGAGGAGAACCAGGAACUGCUCAAGAAACUCGCUGCGCACAAGGUGGACACGAGUCUGCUCAGGAGCUCGAAGCAAUUGAGUCGGGUCAGCGAUACUAGGCGGGAACAACUGCAGCGAGCAUUGAAGGAGAGAGAGGCAGGGAUCAAAGGCAACUACGAUGAUAUUCUGUUCGAGCGGCGACCAAAUAUACCAGAAGCCAUCGAGGACGAUUCGGAGGGUGACGAUGGAAGUGUCACGGGCGCGCCGCAGACUGCCAUUUGUGUCGAGAAGCCGGCUGUCACUCCUGCUGUGGUGGUCUCGGGCGGAGGCUUGAAGAGACCCUUGGAGCUGGACGACAGUGGUCAGCCUAUUAUCGCGCGGAGAAAACGCCAGAAGAAGUCGGCCGCAAAGAAGCCGCGUCUUGUCUUCAACCCGGAACCAGCUCAGGAGAGCGAUGAGGAGGAUGAGGAGGAUGACCAGGCCUCGCAAGAGGGCUCCGAUGUAUGGAAUGGCUUUGAGUCAGAUGUAGACCAAUCGGAAUCGCAAGAUUCUGAUAAGUCUGAGGUUGAUCGCGACUCGAGUGACUCGGAUGAGGAUGAAAGCAUGACAGAUGAUUCGGGAGAUGAUGAUGAUGAAGAAGAAGACGAAGACGAAGACGAAGUCAUGGCUGACGACAAGCCAGCCCGAGUGUCUGCUUUCAAAGCAUGGGCAGACUCGCAACGAAAUGAGGUAGUCGGAUUCGCUCCCUCAUCUAUAAUAGAUAAUCAGGAUGCAGCAAAGGCGGUAUUCAAGCCGAGGGAAACAACACCAGACCCAGUUGCCAUGGAUCUUGCUGCAGCAUCACAGCUCACAGAAAGCACUUACCGACCCGCAAGUUCCGUGGUUGUAGAGCGAGAUCCUCAGGUCCAGGAGGCGCGGCUGAAGUUGCCUGUCGUGCAGGACGAACAAAAGAUCAUGGAAGCCGUGCAUCACAAUCCAGUCACGAUAGUGUGCGGCGCAACGGGGUCUGGAAAGACGACACAAUUGCCACAGAUGCUACUGGAAAAUGGUUAUGCUACCAAAGGCAUGGUUGGCAUCACGCAGCCUCGAAGGGUCGCCGCAACAUCUGUCGCAGACCGUGUCAAAUACGAACUUGGGAAGGUGUACGGCGCGCAAGUUGCACACCAGGUCAGAUUCGACAGCAGUGUAGGCCGAGACACACGGAUCAAGUUCAUGACUGAUGGUAUUCUGCUACGCGAGAUUUCGCAAGACUUUGCCUUGCAAAAGUACAGUGCCAUUGUCAUAGAUGAGGCACACGAGCGCAGCGUGAAUACUGAUAUUCUCAUCGGUAUGCUGUCGCGCAUAGUGCCCCUCCGUCAAGACCUGAGUCGUGAGAAACCGGAGGAAUUCGUGCCUCUUAAGCUCAUUAUAAUGAGCGCAACCUUACGGGUCACCGACUUUUUGAUGAAUGACAGACUGUUUCGUAAGCUGAAGCCGCCUAUUGUCGAAGCAGAAGGACGUCAGUACCAAGUCACAGAGCAUUUUGCCAGAAAGACACAGCGCGACUAUGUUGCCGAAAUGGUUCGCAAGGUCGCAAGAGGGCACAAGAAGCUGCCACCUGGAGAUAUACUUGUAUUCUUGACAGGACAAGAUGAUAUCCAGACAGUGCAGAAGAGGUUAAAAGAGCAGCUGACGCUCGAGAGCGCCAGUUUCCAACUUUCUGCAAAUCGCGCGUCCAGAGACAAGGUGAUCAACGACUUCAUGGAGGACGACGGAAAAGGCGAAGCCGACGAUACAGAUUCGGAGGCAGAGAUCACCGGCCUGGACGAAGUGGAAGACGAUGAUGCAGAAUUUGCGGUCGAUGUGGAAUCAACUACUGCCACAACGGCGCGAGUGCCUCUCAAAGCUCAAAUCCUGCCUCUGUACGCGGCAUUAUCUAAAGCCCAGCAAGAUCAGAUCUUUGUUAAAACACCAGAGGGCGUUCGGAAGAUCAUCCUCGCAACCAACGUGGCUGAGACGUCGCUCACUAUAGAUGGUAUCAAGUACGUCUUUGACUGUGGUCGUAGCAAAGAGAAGCAGUACGACAUUGAGACCGGUGUCCAACAAUUCGUGGUCGACUGGAUCUCUCAAGCCAGCGCAUCUCAAAGAUUAGGUCGUGCUGGACGUACUGGUCCAGGCCACUGCUACAGAUUGUACAGCUCUGCAAUCUACGAGCGCUAUUUCGAGAAGCACACUUUGCCAGAGAUCCUGCGGACACCCAUAGAAGGCACAGUCUUGCAACUCAAGAACAUGAAGGUGGACAAUGUGGUCAACUUUCCGUUCCCCACCCCUCCCCAGCUCGAACAGCUUGCUCAAGCUGAGCGCUUGCUCAAGAAUUUGGGCGCUAUUGACGCGAGAACUGGCCAGGUGACGGCAACAGGCAAAGAACUGAUCAACUACCCUGUCAAUCCUCGCUUUGGUAAAAUGCUGAUGCUGGGUCGACAUUAUGAAGUUCUUGCAUAUGUUGUCGCUCUCGUCGCAGGUCUGGCAGUAGGUGACAUCUUUAUUCCCGAACCUCAAAUCGCGAAGAAAGAUGGCGAGGAAGAAGACAGCGAUUACGAAACCAGAUCAGCACGGAAGCUCAUGGACGCCGCAGCUCAGACCAUGUCAGAGAAGCGUCGUCAAGCUUAUGGUCGUGCUCGAGAAGCACUUACCUACAAGGGCGACCCUUCUGACGCCAUGAAAGUCCUCACCGCCGUCGUGGCCCAUGCUCAUGCAGAAGCAGAAGGGGAAUCGGCCGCCUUCUGUGAGAAGCACUUCCUGCGGGAGAAGGGCAUGACUGAAGUACAAGCCCUACGCCGGCAACUUCACAAUCUUACCGAAGGCCUUCUCAAGGAAGCCGCUGACCGCUCAUUCAGGGCAGCGCUCCGCCCACCCUCCGACAAAGAAGUCGGCCGCAUCAAGCAGAUCGCCGCUGCGGGCUACAUAGAUCAAGUAGCCGUACGCUAUGAUCUCCUCCCAGGAGCAGUGUCCAUAGGCAGAAAGCCGCAGCGCGCAAUCGAAGUCGCCUACCGCACACUCCAAGCCAGCACGACUGACGUGGACCGGCAAGCGAGCAUGCAAGAACAAGAGCGACAAAAGUGCGUAUUUGUGCACUCCAGCAGUCCUCUUGCUCGUCUUUCGCCCACCGAGAUGCCACCAUACAUUGUCUAUUCCUCACUCAGUCGUGCAGCAGCUCGCACAGUCGGUGCAACUCAGCGCACACGUCUGCAUCCCCUCACGCCCGUAACGCAGCCGCAACUGGCCAGUUUAGCGGAGGGCACGCCUUUGCUAGAUAUCGGAAAGCCGAUUGGUAAAAUCGAGGAACUGGCUGGAGGGAGAAGACAGUGUUGGGUAUCUGUUGCUCUGCGCGAUCCAUCCGCAAUGGGAUCGACCGGCUGGCCCUUGAAAGCGUGGAAGGUGGUGCAAGUCAAGAAGGGCAAAGAGUGGGUGAUUGAAAAGGUAUUAGACAGAGGA